AUGCCAGUCUCUAAAUCUUUGGCCAAGGUCCAAAAAAACUUGAAAGCGGGUAAGAAGGGAACUAGAGUGCACCCUAAGGGAAGAAAGUUGCAGCAAUUGGCUACUUCAACGCUGAGAGAACAGACAAUUGCGGCAAAAAAAAAGGCAUAUAAUGAUCGUCGAAGCUACGAGCUUGCGCGCUUUAAAUUCAUCCAGGAAGUAAUAAAUUCUUCAUCUUUUGAAGAAAGAAAGUCUUUUUCGCUCGAAGAAAUCACAGUUUUUGUCAAGGAAUUUGUUGGACGCGAUGACGAAGAGCUCGAGAUUUUGAAGGCCAAAAGAAGGGCAAAUAGACCUCCGAGUAACAGACAAGUUCUUUUGCAGCAAAGGAGAGAUGCGGAAUCGGAAGAACUGAAAUCUGGGUUUCUGGCUCCCGAUUUGAUGGAUCCGGAGAACGUGACGUUUUUGAGGAAAUGGAAUUUGAGCUUCGGAUCCAUGAGCACUCUUAAAUUACUUAGGGUUAACGACAUGGCCGAGAGGGUAAUUGGUGGCUCUAAAAAUGCCCUUGAUAAGGCACCCGACGUCGAAAUGAGUAAGGGUGCCUGA